AUGACGUCUGAUGAAAUAGGAUACAAAUUAGAGAAUGUGAAGAAGGUGAAUGCUCGGCUGGAUAUAAAUCUGAUGAUGCCGCUGGAAGUGCUUCAGAGCUGGUCGCUGUAUGUGUUUGAUCCAGAAAGCAAGCACUUGUUGGUGAUGGAUCCUACGACGACAUUCUAUGGAGAAGAAGUGAUGCGUUGGGAGGUAAAUGCAAGCAACUGGCAAAUCAAGUACCAUGCAGGCGCACACUUCAACUGCAGCAGUGAACAAAGCGGAGUGUACAUCGUACACUACAUUCGAGAGUUCAACGGGCUGUAUCUGAGGUCAAUCCUAAGUGAUGAGCGGAUAGAGUACCUUCGCAAGACCAUGGCAUACCAGCUUGCCACUAUGAAGGGGAAUGCUGGAGACCUUCCUGACUUCAUGAUCCAGAUUGUCAUCUAGUCGAUCCGGA